AUGCCCCUCCUCGACCUUGCCAACAUCGCCUGCGGCUUCCACGCGGGCGACGCCGCCACGAUGGUUCGCACCGUCCAACUCGCCAAAAAGCACCACAAGCUCGUGGGCGCGCACCCCGGCCUGCCCGACAAAGAAGGCUUCGGCCGCCGCCUGAUGGACAUUCCGGCCGAGACGCUCUACGCGCAAGUGCUGUACCAGGUCGGCGCGCUCAAAGCCGUGCUGGAUGCCGAGGGGAUGCGGCUCAACCACAUCAAGCCGCAUGGGAAGCUGUAUCGCAUGAUCAAAGAUGAUGAGGCGGUGGGGAGGGCGUGCAUGCGCGCCAUCAGCACAUUUGGCGUGCCGUUUGUGGGGUUGCCUGGCACGAGGCAUGAGGCGCUGUGUGAGGAGUUUGGGGUCGAGUUUGUGCCCGAGUUUUUUCCGGAUUUGUGGUAUGAUGACGAGGGGCAGACGGUGCCGAUUCUGUGA